AUGCCUUCAUCACACCUUUGGACACCUUCACUUGAACCCCGCACAAUAAUAAAUUCCUGGGCAUAUAAACAUGCUAUAAUAAAUGAAUGCAUAAGUAUAGGAAAAAGGUUACCUAUUCCAGGAAAAUAUAGAAUUAAAGCUGGUGAAGAUGAUUCACGUGAUGUACAAGGAGCGCAAACAGCAGAUGAUGUUCAAGAUGAUGAUGAAUCUACAGGGGAGGAAGAAGAGGAAGAUAAUGAGGAUUUAGACGUGGAUGAAGAUGAAGAAAUGGUUCAAGAUAAUACCCACGAUAAUCCCAGUAACAGUCAUAAUAAUCUUAAUAAUAGUCAUAAUAAUCUUAAUAAUAGUCAUAAUAAUGACAGUGAUAGCGAUGAUGAAAUCCAUUUAGUAUUAUAA